GUAAGAAAGGAUUUAAAACUCACAUAUCCAGGUGAUGUCCUUGACCAUAUUUUAGUUACAAUUAACAGUCCAUGUACUGUAUGGUCUAAGGCUGAAAUUCAUGCCUCACCAAAGAAACGGUGAAUAAAAGGCGUGCAUCGAUAGCAAAAAUUCAGUUUACUUCUGUUCCUCAUAGAGGAGAAGGCCCUAAUACCUAUUACUGCCUACUUACUAAACUUCAAUAUGUUGCCAUUCAAAAAGACCACAAAACAAUAUUUAUUCCUUCAGCAAUUACAUAUUAAAACUGCGUUUAGAUCCUGAAGAUUGAAUACCUAUGCACCAAAACCGAUUUCAGGCCAUUUUCAUUUCCUUUUGCGAAUUCGUAUCAUGGGCGUCAGCAGAACGUUAUCCCUGUUAGCCCUUCACUAGAUACGCCCAUGAUCAGCGUAUAAUUUUGUUUGACAUAACCUCAAAAUUGAAAGGUCAAUAACCCGUAAUGGCGACAUAAUUGUAAACACUAACCAGUUCAAAUUUAAAUGGACAAUUAUCAGGAUUACUUUGUGUUAUAAAAAGCAUCGAGGGGCCUUCAGAUUGUGUGCCAUAGCAUUUUAAAAAAUGAGGUGAAAAUGAAAAACUAUAUUUACCAUGUAGCAUUAACAGUGUGGCGUAAAAAGACAUCUAUGCUUAUAGUGGCUUGUCUACUGGUCUUGUUGAUGCUAGGGUUGCAGUUUUCUCAGUCGGAACAGGAGAAUGCCAGAUUUAAAGAUGAUAAAGACCAAACGCGCGCAGGAGAUUUGGGACAGUUUGCCAAUGUGAAGUUCUUGGAGUCUUUGGCAAAGCAAAGAAAUGCGGGUAAACUUACGUUCAGUGACUCUUCGAACAAAGAGUCUCGAAAGGGGCUGCCCGAAAACGAUAGGUCACAGCAAGAGUUGGAAAAGAUGUUGGGUAUACCGUUCGUCAACUUAGAUGUUAAGAACCCCUAUAUUCCCAAACAACGUAUUAUACAUCUUGAUUUAAAAGGUGCACCUCCGAAAGUCGCUUAUUUGAGGAAGAUUUUUCCAUUACUGAAGACUUUGGGCGCAACCGGGUUACUAAUAGAAUAUGAAGACAUGUUUCCCUACAGUGGCAUUCUAAAGGAGGUUAAAGCGGGAAAUGCGUAUUCUGUUGAGGAUAUCAAUCAACUGCUGACAGCGGCCGAGGAGUCAAAGUUGGAGGUAAUUCCUUUGAUACAAACAUUUGGACAUUUGGAAUUUGCGCUGAAGCAUAAUAAUUGGAGUAAAUUGCGAGAGGUUUCUGAUAGUCCUCAAGCGUUGUGUCCCAAUCGAAAUGGCACUAUGGAGUUUAUUAUGGAGAUGUUGAAGCAGAUGCUGGAACUACAUCCUAAAAUCAGCUACUUGCACAUCGGAUGCGAUGAAGUGUUCCAAAUGGGCGAAUGCGAGAUAUGUCGGUUAGAGCUGCACGAGAAUCUUUUUCUGAGGCACGUCUCGAAUGUGGCGAAUCUCGUCCGCAAACAUUGGCCACACUUGAGACUGAUAAUAUGGGACGACAUGCUUCGUCACCUAAGCCAACAGAGCUUGCAAGAUUUCGGGUUGGGGGAACUGGUAGAGCCAAUGGUGUGGGUUUACGCUGAGGAUAUAUACAGAUUUGUGCAGUCGCCCGUAUGGGACAAGUACGCGAGUGUCUUCAAAACCGCAUGGACCGCAUCAGCCUUCAAAGGUGCUUUCGGUGAAAGUUUAUACGUACCUGACGCACGAAGGCAUCUCGAAAAUAAUUUGAGAUGGCUGGACGUGAUGUCACAGCAAAAUCAGCUGUUUAAGCAGGGUCUCUCGGGUAUUAUUUUGACAGGGUGGCAGAGGUAUGAUCACUUUGCCAUACUUUGUGAGUUAUUCCCCGCAUCCCUUCCGUCGCUCUCUCUAAAUUUGCUAGCAGUUUCCACUGGAUACUUUAACUUGUCACUCAAAAAUCGUUUACUAUCCGCUUUAAGUUGUCCCGAGCACGGAUCAGGUCGUCCCACUCCAUUUAUCGCGUUAGAAGCCGAUCCCCAUUUAUGGGACAAAAUGGGCAGGUGCAUGUUUCCGGGCAGCCCGGUGUUUAGAUUAAUGUACCGCUUGCACAAUACCGAAAACGAGGUGGUGGAAUAUUUGAAGGUCACACAGCAGCAGAAAGGUUGGCUAACUGCUUACAAUGUAAGACGUAAUUAUAGCCUUCCUUUGCGCAUUGACGAGUUGACCUCAGAUUUACCACGAAUAUAUCAUAGUUUACUUGCGUUAAAUCGAGCCGUCGUCGAUAGCAUGAAUGAUAUAUUUGAUCAUUAUACUAUCGGCGAGUGGAUAGAGCAGAGAAUAUAUCCUUAUAUAGUCGAGUUAGAAAAAAUACAAAAUCAAACUACCAUUUUAAAAACUGUUAAUUCUUGGCCUUCUAGACCAUUACCGCCUUUAAAAGAUUUACAGAGAUUAGGAGUAACCUUACCUGAGAAUUAGUAAGUAUUACGUGUUUGAAGUCUGAAAUGCUCUCUUUGUUGUUUGUGUGAAUCCUUGUUAUACAUUAUUAUCGUUUACAUCAAGCAAGAGCCAAUGGAAAUAUCAAAAUUGCUUAUUUAAGUGCGCAGGCAGCUUCCGGUAUUAAUAACUAUAACUUAUGUGCCAACUUUUUUGAUAUUUCUGUGGAUUAUGUAAAGUAUUAUAUGUGUAUUUUCACAACAAAAUUUAAAGGCUGAUGUGGCUGUUUUUAGUUUUAAUUUAUUUAUUUAGUUACCCUUAUAGGGAUUGCUCAGAAACCUCCGUAAGAUGAGAUAAUAUUAUGAUCUUGAACACUACUAUAGCUUUGUAUUUAGAUUGUGAUGCUUAUCCUAGUUUUAGCAAUACAAUUGUUCCCUUAAAUCGGUUUUCGAAUUUGUACCCAACUUACUGUAUUUUCCAUGAUUACAGCGAACUUUUGACAAACAAAUUGGAUUCCUUUCUUUCUUGAUAUCAUAGCCAAAAUUCCAUUUUCAAUACAUCCAAAAACCAACCGCAUUAACUGUGUGUAUUUUUUGUGAUUAUUCCUGUGACCCCACGUUGGGCGCCAAUUAAUACUGCUGGUUGCAAUAGAAUGCAGUCUAGUACACCACCCACAAAACACCUAUCCAGCUAGCCCAAACAAAUCAAAAUUAAAACAUAAUUUAUCCUUGUACACUUCCUGCAUCUGCUACAAAAAAUUCCAAUAUUGACUUAAAAUUUCGAUCAACUUUUGAAAAUUACAAAUAUUUUAUUACAGUAGAAGUAUCAACACCUGAAAUAAAUCUACGCGAGAAGGUAAAUCAGACAUAAAAACUAUCCGGGUCGCACAUUGGGUUCGAAUAAACAGACAAUUGGCAAUGACAAAAAUUUAUUCCAAAACACAUGAAAUGAAAAUUAAACAAAAUUUCUGAAAUAAAAAGAAGGAUUGUUGUUGUUUGGACGAAUUACCCCGCACAUAGGCGGUCGACAAAAGAAAUAAGAAAAUCUUACAAUUAGUUUUUCUUAAUCUGAUAAUAAUCGUAAUAAUCUGGUCUUUCAACGAUUUGCGAUAAACAAGACGCACUGUGCCUCUGAACCUCACUUUAAUACGCAAACUUGAUGGUAAACGAAGUGGCUUGUAGAAUAACGAUAAAAAUUAUUAUUAAGGGCUGUACGAACGGUAUAACGUUAUAACUUUUUAAACAGCAAAAGAACCUCAACAGACUGCCUCACUUAGUGCUGUGG